CUAAAACACUACCAUUUUUCACAACACUUCCUUCUCAAAUUCUCUAUUCGACAUUAAAAGCAACAACAACAAAAAUGGGUUCUAUUUCCAUUUCUGAAAAACCCCAUGCUGUUUGCAUUCCAUAUCCGGCUCAAGGCCAUAUCAACCCCAUGCUGAAGCUAGCCAAGCUUCUCCAUUCCCAUGGCUUUCACAUCACCUUCGUCAACACCGACUUCAACCACCAUCGUCUCCUCAAGUCCCGAGGCCCCACCGCUCUCGAUGGUCUUUCGUCAUUUCGAUUCGAGUCCAUUCCCGAUGGUCUUCCCCCGACCGACGUCGACGCCACUCAAGAUAUUCCGUCGUUGUGCCAGUCGACGAGACGGUUGUGCUUGCAACCCUUUAAGCAGCUCGUUUCAAAGCUGAAUUGUUCUCCCAAUGUUCCAAGGGUGAGUUGUAUUGUGUCUGAUGGGGUUAUGAGCUUUACCCUCGACGUGGCAGAGGAGCUUGGAGUUCCUGAAGUUUUGUUUUGGACAACUAGUGCAUGUGGGUUUUUGGCUUAUGUUCAUUAUCAACAACUUGUUGACAGAGGAUACACUCCUUUCAAAGAUGAAAGCUAUUUAAGCAACAAGGAAUAUUUGGAUACAAAAAUAGAUUGGAUUCCAGGAAUGAAAGAUAUUCGAUUAAGGGAUAUUCCAACAUUUAUUAGAACAACAGAUCCCGAAGAUGGAAUGAUUGAUUUCAUAUUAAGUGAAACAAAAAGAGCUAAAAGAGCAUCAGCCAUUGUUUUGAACACAACAGCUUCAUUAGAACAAGCAGCUUUGGAAGCUGUUUCUUCUUUGUUGCCUCCUGUUUUCUCAAUUGGUCCUCUUCAACUUCUCCUUGAACAACAAGUUGAUGAUUCUGAAUUGAAGUCUCUUGGAUCCAACUUGUGGAAAGAAGACAGAACUUGCCUUCAAUGGCUUGACCAAAUGUCCCCUAACUCCGUCGUUUACGUCAACUUCGGAAGCAUCACAGUAAUGACCGAAGAUCAAUUGAAGGAAUUUGCGUGGGGACUCGCAAACAGUGAACAAACAUUUUUAUGGGUCAUUAGGCCGGAUCUAGUGGCGGGGGAGACGGCGGUGCUACCACCGGAGUUCGUGGAGGCGACGAAAGAAAGAGGGAUGUUAGCAAACUGGUGUCCGCAAGAAGAGGUUCUAAAACAUCCGGCGAUCGGCGGGUUUUUGACUCACAGCGGAUGGAAUUCGACAUUGGAAAGCAUAGUGAGCGGAGUUCCGAUGAUUUGCUGGCCGUUCUUCGCCGAACAGCAAACGAAUUGUAGAUAUUGUUGCACAGAAUGGGGAAUUGGAAUGGAAAUUGAUAGCAAUGUUAAACGACAAGAAAUCGAGAAGCAGGUUAAGGAGUUAAUGGGAGGAGAGAAAGGAAAAGAGAUGAGAAACAGAGCUCAACAAUGGAAGAAACUGGCGGCCGAUGCGGCAGUGCCUCACUCCGGUUCAUCUUGGCAAAAUCUCGACAAUUUGAUCCAUAAAGUGCUGCUUCAAUCUCCUUAAUUCAUUCUUCAAAUUAAAAUAAUGAUAAAGAGUAAAUGCGGUUUAGGUCGCAUCUAAUUUUACAUUCAAUUUUUUUUUCAGAAAGAAAUAAAAAUAUUGUUUUUUUGUAUUUUUUUUUUUUUUUUUUGGUAUGAACUGCACAAAUAAACGUAGUGUAGAUAUAUUAUCCUCCCCAUAAUUGAUUGUUGCCCGAGAGUUGUGGAAUAUUAUAUAUAUUUUCUGGUUUAGUGUUAUAUUAGAUCCUCGUUAGCAACUUGCAAUAAUAAAAUCCAUUUAAAUUCAUCU